AUGAUCAGAAAACUAUACGUAAUUAUCACAACCAGCGCGGCUCUUGGAAAUGCACUCUCCCUAACCAAUCAGACUAAGUUCAAAAGAAGCCCAGUGGGUGGGAUUGUAACGGUACGCGCAGGCUACGCGCAGACGCCAUUUCCUGAGUGGCUGACGGAAUUUACUGGGCUAACAGAAUGGCCUGGAAUUGAUCCUCCAUACAUUCCCAUGGACUUUAUCGAUUUCAGCAAGGUUCCUGAUUACAAGAGCUACCCCCAGGGAGUCUGCGGUGUCAACCCCAGAGAGUCAUGCUCAUUUGACUGCGACAAAUGUGUUGAGCCCGAUGAUGUAUACACAUGUUCGAAACUGUCACAAACAUUCGAUGAUGGUCCUUCACCCGCGACCGAAAAGCUGUUGGAAAGCCUAGACCAUCCAACUACUUUUUUCAAUUUGGGGAUCAACAUUGUUAAUUUCCCAGAUACUUACAAGAAGAUUCUCGAUGCCGGUCAUUUGGUUGGAACGCAUACAUGGUCUCAUCCAUUCAUGCCCUCACUGACCAAUGAGCAAAUUGUCGCUCAAUUAGAAUGGUCCAUCUGGGCAAUGAAUGCCACCGGCAACCAUUAUCCUAAAUGGUUCCGGCCCCCAUACGGGGCCAUUGACAACAGAGUAAGGGCAAUUAGUAGAAUGUUUGGGCUACAGGCAGUUCUAUGGGAUCAUGAUACUAUGGAUUGGCAAUUGAUAGCUGAAGAUAGCAAUUUAAGAACCGAAGAACAAGUCUACCAUGACGUUCAACUUUGGAAAAGAGGUAAAAGAGGCUUGAUUCUAGAGCACGACGGGUCUGAGAAAACGGUCAAUGUCGGAAUAAAUGUCAGUAAACUGAUUGGAGACGACCAGCUCACUGUCGCUCAAUGCGUUGGUGGAAUUGAUUACAUCCAUCAAUACGCACAAAAAUAA